AUGGCUUGCAAUAAUGAUACGCCCUCACUUGAAAUCAACGGAGAUGCGGGUGGGGACAUCACUUCAAAUGACACCGGGACUGGGAUUACUUCAACUUUCGAACUUAUACCCCUGAAGCUCGACCUCUGCGAUAAUCCCGCCUUCUCGACAAUGUUGGACCUCGUGGAAAAGCGGGCGGCAGCGAUUUUCGGUCAAAAGCCGCCACCAACCAAAGAUGCAGUCGGUACAGAUAGAUUCAACUACCGUAUGGCUAACACUGCCACAAAUAUGGACCUAGCGCCUUUCACACGCGCUGCGCAGCUAGAGUGCUGGAGGGAGGCUAUGUUACUGCUCAACUUGAAAUCUACUCGGCGAUCAGGAAACUGA